GGCCGCCAUUCCCACCAGUCUCCCCACUCGGACGGUUUCCAUUGGUGCCAAUAAAUGAACCCACGGUCCGUCGGAGAUUACGCCCGCUUGGCGAGGCCACAACUCCUGCUGUCAAAAGCUGGACGAUUCCUCUGGCCCUGGCCUUGUCCAUUUUCUGGUUGAAGAUCAGUGGAUCUGAAUGCUCUUCUAGCCAUGUCAUUCAACAUUGUUAACGGCCAGAUCUACACGCCGGGCUUGGCGAUCGUGGAUGCGCCGCAGCCCAAUACUCCUCUAGGAGGGGACACUCUCCACAUCGCCAUCGACAUCUCGGGAAACGGAAAACUAUCUCUGGACAACGACGAAGACGAAGAUAAAGACAAAGACACCCACCUCCACAGCCUCACCCUCUUCCUCACCUCCACCGACUUAUCUAAGAACUUCACCAUCUCAAACGGCACCUCGCCCCACGACCACCACGACCAUGCACCCUACGUCGGCCCCGUCCUCGACCUCGAGCCCUCGUCAACAGUCAAACACGUCGACUGGACAUGGCCGGCUUGUCUAGUCGGUGAGGGAUCGGGCGGCGCUGCCCGAGGAAAAUACAAUAUCUCCAUGCAUCAGUCGUUCCGAUGGCGCGGGGUGGAGCAUUACACGGUGUUUGAUCUACCUAUCUCCGUGUCUAAUUCGAUUGAGGAGUCUGAUGAGAGGGUGGAUUGUGCGUCUGUUGAGAAUGAGUUGUUGGACGCGGGGGCUUUGGCUGCUAGUAAUGAUACGCUGGAUGAGGUGCCUUGGGUGGGUGAGGUCGGUGCUUCUGGGGAGGAGGCUGAUGCUGAUGCUGCGGUGGGGUCUGCUAGGGCUGGGGUUUGGGGCUGGGCGUUGGUUGCCAUGGUCGGGUACUGGUGCUUGGGGUAUUGA